AUGAAUUAUGUAUACAGAAGUGAGAGAGCGGAAUGGUUACUAUCAUUGCGAAAUCCAUCAUCACAACCGAAUCGAGAAAAUAUACCGAAUAUUCGAAUAGAUGAAGUGAAGAAGAACUUGUUCUCGAAUGAUUCCAAUUCCGAAGCAGGUAUAUACACUGUGGAAACGAAAAACUCUGGUAAUAUAACCGAUGAUGCUACCAAGAAAACUCUUGAGGUACAGGAACUCCUAGUGAUCAACAAUGAACUCAUUCCUGUGCAAGAAAACCUCGAAGAAAACCAACCACUAUUGGAUGAUUCAGAGUCAAGUGUAUCAGAAAGCAGAAAUGUUUUAGUAAACAUCACUAAUUCAGACCAGAAGGAAGUCAUAUCAGGAAAAAGGGUCCGCAAACGAAAGGCAACCCCUGAGACAUGGAAAAAAAAUAUAAGAAAGAAAAAAAGAGAGACAGGGGAAGAAUACGUUAAUAUUAAGGAGUUCAAUAUAUCAUUCUACAAACCUAAGAAGGACAGAUGUGAUAAAUGUGAAGAAUUCAAAGCAAAGAAGGAUGUUGCAACUGAUGAAGAGAAAUUCGAACAGGAGGAACAUUUGAGACGUAAAGAAGCAGGGUAUAUUGAAAGGAAUAAGGACCGUGAGUUGAAAAAAAUUGUUGAAGAUGGUGAACAAACAGCUGUUAUAACUUUCGAUCUCCAAAAUGUAUACACACUUCCGAAAAUUGGGGUGAAGAACUUUUACUAUAAAUGUAAAUUGAACGUGUACAAUCUAACAGCUCAUUGCAAUAUCAAUAACCAAGUUUACAAUUGCAUUUGGCAUGAAUGUAAUGGCGGUCGAACCGGUAAUGACUUGGCCAGUGCACUGGUCAAGAUACUCGGAGGAAUUGCUGAUGAUAACCCGUUUUUAACAAAGAUAAUUCUGUGGUCGGACAGUUGUGUUCCCCAGAAUAAGAAUUCAUACAUGACUAUGGCUUUGAAAUACUACUUAGAUUCCCCGAUGUGCAAUUCCAUCAGGAUAAUUGAACACAAAUACGGUGAACCAGGUCACGGAAACGUGCAAGAAAUAGAUGUGGCGCACAGCAUUAUAGAAAAAUUCCUCAGGAACGUAGAGAUUGCUGUUAAAGCUUCCACAAAAAAAAUAUAA